AGCACAUUUUCUGCUCUUUUUGUUCACUCAACUCAAGGCCCAAGUAAAGUUCUUCCAUGUUCAAGGUUCUGGAACGAGAGGAUUUGUACUUUUGUAGUGCUCUACUUCCUACCCUUACUGGAAGUUUGUGGAUAUUUUGAACAAGUUAGCAGCCUUCACUGUGUAAUAUUACUAUUAAGCUAGAGCAGUGUAUACGCGUAGUCAUUCAAUAUUUCCUGUGCAUUAUUAGUCAAUUUAUUCUACAUCUGCCUUGAAAGUGAAGGAUAAUGUGUGUGCAGCCGAAGAUUUUUGUUGAGUCCUAAGUCUGAGAAAAGGCAUCUAGAUCUGCCUAUUCUAACUCAAAAUUGCCAACUCUUUGGAAGUGUGUAUUGGAUAUACAGUCAUAACAAUGUUCAAAUUGGCUCAGAAACGAAAAGAGCAAGAGAGUGAUGCAGCACCUGCUCAGAAGGUUGGCCUUAGAGAUCGGCUUUUGACCAAAGAGUUUCAGGAGGCUGUUGAGAGGGCACCGAAGACGUGCAAGAUCGAAGCAUCGAACCCAGACUGCUUGCACACGUUUAAUGUGAUCGUCACGCCGGACGAGGGCUUCUGGAAAGGUGGUGAGUUCGUAUUUACUGUGUACGUACCAGAGGAGUACAACUACUCACCUCCCAAAUGUAUGUGCAAAACCAAACUCUGGCAUCCCAAUAUUGCGGAGACUGGGGAAAUCUGCCUGAGCAUCUUGCGUGACAGUUCACUGGGCAAUGGCUUGUGUUGGCUACCAACACGAUCGCUGAAGGAAGUUAUUUGGGGCAUCAACAGUCUGUUCACGGACCUACUCAAUUUUGACGAUCCGUUGAACGUACAAGCAGCGGAAAUGUAUGCAACGAGUCGGCAGCAGUUUGAAACCCGUGUUACCCGCUACAUCCGAGAGUACGCCACGCCAAAGCCUGCUCCCGCAGUAGAAAAAUACAUCAGCUUGCCGGGUCGGCCUGAUAAACCUAGUCGGCCGUGGGACAGAUGGUUUUAAGGAGACCAUCACAUCCUAGAUUAGUAUUUAGUUUUCCUUUGACGUGUUGCAGUACCGGCUGCUACACAAUUUGAGAGUAUUAUGCUAUUACAUGUAGUUGUAUUCCGCCGUCCUAGGAGUUUGGCAUGUCAUUUUUGUCGGUUUUAGGUGCCAGUUGUUCUGUUGUUUGUUUAAUUCACUGAACUUGAUAGUCUUCAUAUGAAGCAUGCCAUAUUCUCUUGCCCGUACUUGGACAGUAUUGGCCGGAGCAGCCUGGCAUUCGAACAUAACGUUUCAACUUCACGAAAGUCCAAUGUAGCUGCAUCUUAUAUCCCAAUCGGAGAUAGGGAGUCAUGUGUCUUGUCCAGAAUAUGGUUUAUCCAUCUCGGCUCCACGUGCACCUUCAGUACAUUGGAAGAGCAAUAAUUCCAACCUCAAGUUUUUUUUAAACCGCUACACUACACGUAAUUUUCAUUAUAAAGUCUUUUUUUUUUAAAUAAGAUCAAUAAUUGCCUUGGCUAGCUUUUGUUGACAUUAUUCAGUUCUUCCUGAUUGUAUAUUUUGGUUUACCAGUAGCUUGCAUACUGUAUAACACGUUAUUUUCGGUGUCAUUUUAAUUUCGGUAAUUUCGGUAGAGAAUUCAGGCACCUAAAUUUAGAUUACACCUAAAAGGCACUAGAGUAUGCACUGUAUGCGAAGGGUAGGCUGGUCACCUAAUUCUACAUUACACCUGAAACCUGGCGGGUCCCUGAUACCGAAAUUUAAAUUCACCUAAAAUUACAUGAUAUACAGUAUACCGGGUAAUUGUCAGUGUUGGACAACUACGGAUAGCAUUCAACUUUUGAUUCCUUCUUCCGGAUUGUCAGCGGAUUUUAUUUCAAAUGCUGUUGAGGAGAG